AUGUAUAUUGGUGAUAGUGAUGAUGACGAUAAUGAUGAUAGUGAUGACAAUGUUGAUAAUGUUGAUAAUAGUGAUAUUGACCCUGUGAGUAAUGUUCAUCGUACGGCAGAGCUUUCAGAGCUAAAAGAAUUCUUUUCAUCUCAUGGUAACAUUUAUAGAAUUCGAUUGGACACAAAAGAUUAUGACGGUGUUGAACGCCCUAAUGGAUAUGUUUUUAUAACAUACAGGCAACCUGUUCGUUUUCAUGGUAGACCUUUAAAUAUAGAAUGGAUGAACAACAAUAAUAAUAUUAACAACUAUAAUAUUGCUACAGGUGAUACUUAUGUAUCUGAAUGGAAAUCCAGUGAAAGGGUUCAUUUUAGUAUUGAUUAUAAUUAUAGGGUAAUUAAAAUUAUAUUUGCCAUUUUGACAAUAACAAGUAAAUAUCCAGCAAAGCUUUGGUUGUUAGAUAAAUCAUCCAGAUUAAAAAAUAAAUUUUAUUGGUGUCUUGAAGAUUCGUGGUUAAGGAAAACAGAAAUUAGAACUACAUCUAAAACUGCCGAAGAAAAAGAAUUACCACUACAAUUAAAUAUGCCUAAUGGUAGUGAUUCUUCUGGUAAAUGGGUUGUUUAUAGGGUAACCUUUAAUAUUUGUCAGAUUAUAGGUGGUAUUAGACGUUUUAGAGAAAUGUUAACAAAAAUGAUCAAUUUUAAUCUCACAAGUGGACAAUUCAGUAAAAAUUUAAUAGUAAUUGAUAAUACUACUAGACUUUUAAGAAAAAUUACAAAUUAUUCAAUGUUAGAAUUUGAUGUUUUAUACUUGUUAUAUAGUGUCAUAUCUCAUAAUUAUAUAAACGAAUACAACUUAACUAUUGAGUUUCUUAAAUUAUUAAAUUCUUUACCGCGUGAGACUGCAAAAUAUAUUUUGGAAUCAAUUUCUGGACGCAAAAAACGAAUAUACGAUCCUCUAGCCUAUCUACAAGAAGAAAUCAAAAAGCAAAAAAAUAUUGAAAGAAGAGCAAAGCAAAUACCUCAACAUUGCGUAUUAAUGCGUAAAGUUGUUAUCACACCAACUACAAUGUAUUUUCUAUUGCCUACAAUGGAAACAUCAAAUCGUGUAAUUAGACAUUUUCAUGAUGUAAAAGACAAUUUUUUACGUGUACAAUUCAUAGACGAGGCUGGCGGUAAAAUCAGGCCAAGUUCAGGCACAAAUAAUGAUGCAUUAUACAACAGGGUUUACCUUACACUUGUUAAUGGUAUAAAUAUUGGUGAUAGACAUUAUGAAUUUCUAGCAUUUUCCUCAAGUCAAUUAAGAGAGCAUUCUUGUUGGUUUUUUGCGCCAACGUCGGACCUAAUUGCUGAUGACAUUAGAGAGUGGAUGGGUGAUUUCAAAAAUAUUAAAAAUGUGGCAAAAUAUGCUGCAAGAAUGGGACAAUGUUUUUCGAGUACUCGCCCUGUUGUAAACCUACCUGUUAAUGAUAUAAGAGAAAUUCCCGAUAUUGUUAGGAAUGGGUUCACAUUUUCGGAUGGUGUUGGUAAAAUAUCUUAUAAUUUGUCUACAAAAAUUGCUGAAAUUUUGGAGUUGAAAAGUGUACCGUCAGCUUUUCAAUUUCGUCUUGCAGGAUACAAAGGAGUUUUAUGCCAGUCACGUUACCUCCGUGGAAAUCAAAUUCAUGUUAGACCAAGUCAAAAUAAAUUCGAAUCAUCACACAAUGUCUUGGAAAUUAUUAGAGGAUCUUGUAACAUCACAGCCUAUCUUAAUCGACAAGCAAUAACGCUUUUAUCUACACUGGGUGUUGCUGAUGAAGUUUUCGUUGAGUUGAAAGACAAUAUGGUUAAUGAGUUGGACAAAAUGCUAAAGAAUGAUAAUACAGCCAUCAGUGUUUUAAUGGCAAAUAUUGACGAGUAUGGAGUAUCAAGAAUAAUGGCUGACAUGGUUAAAGCAGGUUUUCUGGAUCGCAAAGAUCCUUAUUUAGUAAAUUUGAUUUCUUUAUUCCGCAUUACAAUGUUGCGAGACUUAAAGCAAAAAGCAAAGAUUCGGGUAUCAAUGGGUACCUACCUGUUGGGUGUUUUAGAUGAAACAGAAUCCUUGAAGGAAGAUGAAGUUUAUUGUUGUAUAUCUGAUCCGCAAAAUCCAGCUUCUAGAAAAGUAAUUACAGGCACUUGUGUAGUAUUUAGAAAUCCAUGUUUUCAUCCAGGUGAUAUCAGAGUUGUUACUGCUGUUAAAGUUAAAGCUCUCGAUUAUCUUGUAGAUGUUUUAGUAUUUCCAACAUUGGGAUAUCGUGAUCUUCCUAGUCAAUGUAGUGGCGGAGAUCUAGAUGGAGAUGAUUUCACAAUCUUUUGGGAUGAAAAUUUAAUCCCAAAAACCAAAAAUUGGGAACCAAUGAACUAUGAAGCACCAAAAGCUGCAAUAGUAGAUGAAGUUAAGAUGGUGCAUAUAAAGAAAUUUUUUGUGAAUUAUAUUCUCUCUGAUCAAUUAGGCAGCAUAGCCAAUUCCCAUUUAGCAAAAGCGGAUUAUUUGAGUGGUGGAGCAUUUCAUGGACAAUGUAUAAGGUUGGCACAAUUACAUUCUGAGGCUGUUGAUUUUCCAAAAACAGGUAUACCAGCUGAAUUUCCAGUCGAACUUCGUCCAUCCAAGUAUCCUGAUUUUAUGGAGAAACCUGACAAACCAGUCUAUGAAUCAGAAAAAAUUCUUGGUAAAUUGUAUCGCUCCAUUGAAGUAGAACCAUUUGAUCCUUAUACAAACAUUACUUUUGAUGAAAGGUUAUAUGUUCCAGGGUUUGAAGAGUAUUUAGAAGAUGCAAGAUUCAACAAACGUUCAUACACUUCAGACAUACGUAGUCUAAUAAAUCAGUUUGGAGUGAUGUCCGAGUACGAGACAGUCAGUGGUUUCAUUGUCAAUCCUACAAUCAAGGUCGAACAGAAAAAGCCACGUGAAGUAAAAAAAUCAGUGAUGGAUGCAGUAGCAGCAAUUCAAAAGCAAUACCGUAAGGUAUUUGAAGAAGAGUUUUAUGGAGAAGGUACAAAUUUACCAUCACCAGAUGCUCGCAAUAGAAUGGAGGCGAAAGCAUUUGCUUGGUAUUAUGUUACAUACCAUCCUGCUGAAAUAGAUAAAGAUGGUGAAGAGAAUUUGAUGUCAUUUCCAUGGAUUGUUCAUUCAAUGCUAUGUGAUAUUGCAAUCAGAAACACCAAUAGAUUUCAAUCAAAGGAAGAAUUUUUCAGUCGUUACAAUUCCAUAUUUAGAACUUCAAAUUACACCAGGAUUGAUAAGAUUUCAUCGACAAGAUCUGCCUCAGAAAACAACAAUAAUGCUAGUGAUGAUGGUAAUAUUAGAAGUGAUUAUAGUUAUCGAAAUGGAGAUGAGGUAGAAUAUUUUAUUGAUGAAUUUGAUGAUGGAAUGGAAAGAUUGCGCAGAUCGCUUGCUUCAAGUUUAUCUAUCAGUUGA